CCUCCAUGGAAGCAAAACAAGAGGCAGAAACAUAAUCUCAUCUGUUCUCAACAAGCAGGCAAAUCUCUUGCACUUUCCUCACUGCUGGAAUCACUCAGCUACUGAACAAUGCAUUCGGACUGCUUGGUGAGAUGAUCCUUGCUAGAAAGUCCUGAAGAAGCCUCUUUCCAAGUAGAUGAAGAAAAGAAAAGAGGAAAAUGGGGCACACACUACGCCAGUUUAAGGCUCUGUUUUGGAAGAAUUGGCUCUGCCGUGUGAGGCAACCGGUCUUGUCUCUCUCUGAAAUACUCUGGCCAUGCAUGCUUUUCCUGAUUUUGGCUGCAGUCCGCUUCCAAGAGCCCCCAAAACACAAGGAAAACUGUUAUUUAGAAGCUCGGGAUUUGCCAAGUCGGGGCCUUUAUCCUUUCAUGCGGACUCUUUUCUGUAACGUUGGCUCAAGGUGCAGGAAUACCAGUUACUCAACACAGAAAUACAACCGCUUACGAAACUUACAGAUGAAUUCAGCAUGCAGCAAGUCGGAAAGUUUCUGUAUAACAGUAACUGGCCAUAGUACGUGGUUUGAUUCACCUAUUCUAGGUAUUCUUAUAUGUAAAGAGGUCUUGUCUCUCUCUGAAAUACUCUGGCCAUGCAUGCUUUUCCUGAUUUUGGCUGCAGUCCGCUUCCAAGAGCCCCCAAAACACAAGGAAAACUGUUAUUUAGAAGCUCGGGAUUUGCCAAGUCGGGGCCUUUAUCCUUUCAUGCGGACUCUUUUCUGUAACGUUGGCUCAAGGUGCAGGAAUACCAGUUACUCAACACAGAAAUACAACCGCUUACGAAACUUACAGAUGAAUUCAGCAUGCAGCAAGUCGGAAAGUUUCUGUAUAACAGUAACUGGCCAUAGUACGUGGUUUGAUUCACCUAUUCUAGGUAUUCUUAUAUGUAAAGAGAUGGAUUUGAACGAAGCAGAAGAAAUCAUUUCUAAAGUAGAAAACCUGUACAAACAGCCAUCUUUCUGGAACCUUCUGCAUUUGCUCCCUCGCCUUGAAUCAAAGAACUUAUAUACAGAGGAUGGAUUAGCUGCCAUAGCACAGUUUCUAGAAGUUAUUAAAAAUACCUUAGUAUCAUUGAAGGAUUUAGCUGUGAUGCCACUGGGACAGAGUUUCCAUGAAGUCGUGAAAAUCGCUCUGAAUUUAACUGCUGCAUCAGUUCAGGAGAGGAGCUUGAAGGGUUUUCAGUAUAAUCUUUCUCUAGAGAAUAUUUUGUGGAAUCCACGUGCUGUCAGAGCAGAACUUCAAUCCAGAUUUGGUUUUGAUGAUCUUCAUGUUAAGAAACUUCUAAGUUAUACAACACAAUUAACAAAGAUUCCCACAGGAGAGACACUGGAGCAGUUUGUGUGCUCUGCUCUGUCCAGUGUGCCAGGAGAUGAAGCAAACAAAGAGAAUAAUGAUGAAAGCUGUAUUUCCCCAUGGCAGGAGGCCAAACUGUAUCUCAUCCAUGCUGUCAGCAAGCUCAGACUCUAUGCGCAGGUAUUUGAGCAGUGGUUCAGCAGCAGCCACUCUCAGAAUCUUCUUUCAGAACUUGAAAGAAUCAUAGCUGAUUUAAUGUCUCAGCUGCUAGAAGACAGGGAGGCCAGGAAAAUUGUCUCAGAGAUAAGUACCCUGAUUCAGCAAUGGGAUAAGAAAUCAGAAGCUUAUUUUUCAGAAGAAUAUACUUCACCUCAUGAUCUAAUUCUGUAUCUGCAGAAGAUGCAGGCUGUGCUGCAGGCUGUGCCUCAGUGGUCUGUUGUGAAGAGAUUACGUCUGGUAGAUGGAGCUAUGAGGAAUGUAAUAUCGCAGUAUUUAAACUUCACUGACGAAGCUUUACGUAGCCUGGAGAAACUGAUUCCCUUUACCCAAAGAAAUGAGUCCAUUCAUCUGGACAUCAAAAAGCUUUUUGUGGAGCUGAAACAGAUGUUGAUGAGCAACACUCCCUAUGUCUGUGCUGAUGUGUUUACGAUGCUUGGGAAGACCCUGAGGCAUCCACAGGGCUCUGAUACCACUGAUAAUUUAGCCAUAUAUAUGUGCACUGGCAAUGACUCAGAGGUGGCUUUCAAGCAAAGCAACCAGCUCCACUCACUAAGGCAAGCUGUCCUGCUUCUGCAGAAAAUAACUCAGGGACAACAGUACCUGCCAGAUUCAAUAACGGAUGAUUAUUUGGGAUGGCAAGAAAUAGAAGAGGAGCUAGCUGAAAAUUAUGCUUAUUAUUGUGAAACUGAUCAGUUGCUGAGCACAGAGGAGCGUGUCCAUUUCAGCUCUUGUGAGGAACAGCUUCUCUUCUCACUAAUUAAUAUUACUCUUGAAGAAUUUUUUUUUACUUUUGAGGAAAACCCAUACUGGAAGUAUGUAACACCUUUUGUCCGAUGGACGUGUGAGGUAGCUCAAUACACAGAUGAGGAAGCAGGCUCCACAGGAGGUCACUUAGGUGGAUUUGAAGCAUCUCUCUGUUCUAGACAAAAGCUCAGUUUGGAGACUAUCUUAGGUCAUUAUUUAUUAGUACUUCUGCAAGAUUUACCAGAUUAUUCCUCAUUAAUUUCGUGGGCAUGGAAUUUGACAUAUAUGAGAGAGUUUUUGAAGACAGAAGAAAAGUUAUGGAUUUCUAGUGAAAAGGAAUUGGAUCACAUUUUACAUCUUGCAGAAAUCAUAGAAGAAAUAAUAAUGUUUGAUUUCUCAGCUCUUUCAAGCCCCCAGUCUCUAAUGGAAACUGCCUUGGGUAAAGUGAUUAUGUGGAUGAAAGGGAAGGAAUCUACCACAAAUGUCUCACUUGCAGUUUCUGAACUCUAUAAUGAAAUACAAAAAAAUUUACAGGUUCAUCUGAGAUUUUGGAUGAAAGAGAAGACAGACUUUUUCUGGCAAAUGGUGAAAACUGUGUCUCAUGAACUUGAUUCUAGGGUCUCUCAUGUAAGUCAGGUGGAAGUUGAGGAGGUACUGGAGUCUUUAUCUAGAUUUAUAUUUUCUGUUACAGAAAACAAAAAAAGUCUUAAUAGAAGUAUGCUGUUGCUCAAAAAUAUCCUAACUGAUUGGCAAGAUUUAAAUAGCGCUGCUUUGAACCAUCUAAAAUACUUAAGUGAAAACUUCCUGAGGAAUCUCUAUGAGAUUAUAUCAUUGGCUGACAGUUAUGUCAAUGCAUCUUUCAGCACAGGUCACGGAGUGAGUAAUACCUCCUUUUCAUUACUCUCAAAUGCAACUUUUAUAUAUAAAGUACAAGAGUUAGGCAAAAUUGUUCCCAAUUUCUUUAAAGACAUUCAAAAAUUAAACAGUAGUAGUGUGGACUCACUUCUUCAGAUACUCUUCUCUUUGUAUCAGAACGCUGAUCUGCUCUUAAACACUGAGAGCAAUAACACUUUAAUGUUUCUUUAUAACACCUCAAAAGAUAUUUCAUCUUUUCAAGCAUGGAAUGAUUUCCAAGAUAUGGACCAAGUUUCUGAUUUUCUAUUUGAAACUUUUGAUCUUCUCUGGAACUUCACCAGUAAGUCUCUCUGUGAAAAAUUACUGACCUUUUACAAUUACACAGAGUUUCAGGCCUGGUCUUUUGCACAGGAAGGCAAUAAAGAGUUGCAAGUUGUCUAUAAUAUUCUGAGCAGCCUUAACACUUUAUUUUCAGAUGAAGACCUUGAAACAACUGCUUUUUGUUAUUUGGAACAAUUUUUUGACAUCUCCCCCAAGUGCAUUGUAAAUAAUAGGUGCAUUGGCUUUUAUCUAUCAAACAUCACUUCUUUAGAUCAUUCAGCAGAGGUUUAUGAUCUCCUUCUGCUUCCAUUGGACAGUGUUUUGUUUAAUAUAACAAAAUUGCAAGAUAAGGUAAGUGUAUCUUCUGCUUUGCACUGCACUUUUACAUGGCUUCAAACCUGGACAAAGAUUUUUGAAGAAACAUCCAAAAUCUUAAAUUUGAAUUCAACCUUUUUUGUCUAUCUAAGAAAUGAUUUGACAAGCCUCUCUGAAAGUAUUUUAAAUACAACUCAUGUUGAACUGUGCAAUAAAACAACUCUGGCUAUUGUUGAAGCUACAUCAGCAAUGAAUCUGUUGAAAAUCAUAGUUGAAGGUGGUGAUUCAAGAGACUGGAAAGAUUUUGAAACUUACCUUGCUAUAAUUCAAAGUGUUUUUGAAAAUGCAGUUGAUGUCGCAAGCUCACUUAAAGGUAACAGUUCAGAUGAUGUUUUAGAAAUGAUUGAAGUUGUGAUACCUGAAUUGCAGCAAUCUAUACUAAAGGUUGCUAAUAGAGACUUUUUGAAUUCUUGGCUUAAUACGUUCACCUCAGGAGGACCUGAGGGAGAAAGGGGUCCCAGUGAGUUUUCCAUUUUGAAUUCACUUUCUUCAAUUCUCAAACUCUCCCCAAAAGAACUUGAAUUUGUUCUGGCUGAGAUAAAGGACAUUGCUGCUUUCUUAACAUAUGCACCUCAAGACAAAUAUUUGGUUUGUGCCAGCAUUUUCCAGAAUAUUACAAAAUUAAUUUAUGAUAGUACUCUGAAAAACAUAAGCUAUUCACAAGUGAAUUUUUCAUCCCAUAUUCAUUCCUUUCUCAAAUCUUACAGUAUAAUAGAUGGAGUAGAGGAUUGUGAUGGGUGGGUCCAUGGACUUCAUAAUCUCAGUGAAAAAUACAAGUCACCUUCUCACCUUGAAAAUGCAAAACAUAUUUUAUUUCUGCUGAAAUCUCUGGGAAACAUUGAGACAGAUGCUAAACUAAAAAACACUGUGGAUUUCAUUAAUUUGAUUUUUAAUUUGAUGAUCCCUGAGUGCUCUGUAACUGGUUCUGAUGUGAUUUGUUUAAAAAUUUAUUUCAAUAUUAUAGCAAAAACUUUAAGAGUCAUUCUCCCUGAAUUUAAUGUACAAGAUGACACUAAUGUGCUUGAUUAUAUUUUUACGCUCUUAAAUAAUUCUGGAGGUCUGAUACAAAUGGCUGUGAAUAAUUUAAUGGGGCACUCACAAUAUACAUCACAUGAUACCCGUUUCGAUCACUCAGUCCAUGGAUCUAACAGGACUUUAAAGAUGUUCCUUAAUUCCUUCCACAGUGUUCUGCUUUCCUCAAUAGAGCUUUUAUCCGAAAUUCAAUCUCUUCUCAAAGAUAAAAUUUUUGACAUGCAAGAAAGCACCUCCUCUCCUUUGGAUAUUAGGAUUGAUGAGAAAAAUAUCAGUUUGUUGAUCGAGAUCUUUCAAGCUGUAAUUAGUAAACUCAAUAAACUCAACUCAAAUUUUCCGCACGAAUUGCAGGGUGAAUACAAUACAUUUCUAGAGAGACUCAUAGAAAAAGCAACUCUGAAUGGUAAACUGGUAGGAAAGGCACUCAAAAUUUUCAAGUCUUCUAGCCUUACUAGUUUUCGAAUAAGAGAUGAUAGAGAGUUUCUAGAGCACAUGAUAACCUUUGUGCAAAAUUUGAAGAACAUGGAUAUUGAGUUCUUGAUAGGUCAAUUCAAACAAGUCCAGAGGAGCUUGGACAAUUUCUUUAAAAAUAUCAAACCUCUGCAUAUUGAGAGCUCUGAGUUAGGAAUGUUAAUAAAUUGGUGGGAUGCAUUUGAGAACAAUUCAUGUAAUGGGAACCUGACUGGUUUAUGGCAAAUCACACAACUUUUUCAGGAAGAGGAUCUCUCUGGUGUAAAAGAGAUGUUCCAUCUUCUCCUUGAUGUCAUCAGCCUUACAGAACGUCUAGCUCAUGGAAACAUCACAGAAGCACUAGCUGAAGUGUACACUUUUGUAUUGACUCAAGAAGCAAAAAUGCCAGUGUUUCCCAAAGAGAUCUCUAAUCACGUAGAAAGUCUACUAAUAUUACUAGAGACACUGACACAUAUGCCUGAUGAACCUGCAGAGGCCUCAAUUUGUUUUUCUGCAGAAUUCUGCUGGAUUCUUAAAACUGUAACACCUCAGAGUGAUCUCACUUCCAAACCUUGUGAAUUUAUGCAAAGUAAUUUUUCUCUGAAUCACAGUGCAGCCUUACAUGUCAUGAAAGAACUGAAACUUGUUACUCUGAAUGGCAGUUUCUUGUGCACUAUGGAAGACUUUCAGACUGAUAUUACUCAUAAUCUCACGUGCUUUUUUCAUCAGAUUAAGGAAUGGAACUCUAUUCUUUUGAAGUUUUCUGAGCUCCGUCAUAUAAAUGGUUCACUUCUUAAAGAACUGCUAGCUUUUUGGAAUGAGCUAUACCUCUAUGCUGUGCCUCUGCAGGCGAAUAACACAAACUCAACUGUCAACUGUUUCUCCACGUCAAAGAGAAAAGUGGCUUUACAAAUCAUAGAAACUCUGAGUAGUAUGCCAGUGGCAGAAAUGGAGAUGGCGGAAGAUAUUCUUGAACAGCUGAAUAAUCUUUAUGGUGGUUUAAGUUGGAACAGCCACUCAAGAAUAUCACUUAUGGAGACUGCUUUUCCUUAUGUCAAGAGCAUGACAAGUGAAGUUUCUGGAUUCUUGGAUACAGAAGCUGUCUAUUCUUUUCUUUCUAUAGUUCAGCCUUUAAUGACACCAUCUUCUGUUGGAAAUCAAACUUACUUGGUGCUCAUGGUAUUAUCAUCUUUAAGUGGGAACAAUAAUAUAUCUGAUAAUAUUGAGAACAUCUGGUUUCCUGUAGCUAAAAGCAUAGAAGAUCUGUUGUUGAAUUUUAAUGUUAGACAAGCACUUGCAGUGAUAGACCAAGAGUUUAAAUUGCUAAGGUUAGCCACUGGACAGUCCUCUUCAGUGACUCUUGAUGUGUUAACACAGCAGUUUAAUACAUCAUCUGUAGAGGCCGUGUUAAGAAAAUUUGAAGACAUACAAGAGAUUAUGAAGAGCUUUCUGUGUGAGUGUAAUAAUCAAAAUUAUUCUAAAAUGAUGCAACCUCUAGUCCUUCUUAUGGCUAAUGAAAAAUCAUCAGAUCUACUACUGGUUGUCAAAGAUAUUAUUGACUUUCUGGAACUAUUCCAAAAUAAAUCUGAAGAAGAUUACACUGGUAUGUUGCUUGUUGAUGAUCAUCUUAGCAGAGAAAUAUUGAAUAAUACUUAUUUUGCUAAUUCAGUUUUUCAAAACUUUAUUUUUCAUAUGCUUGCUGGCCUUGCUGUUACAGAAGAAGCUCUGUAUGCAAAUGAUACUGAACGUCAGAUAGCUGGCUUCAUUGAUUCUUUUUUUGAUAAUGCACAAUAUGAAAAUGUUUCUACUCUGUCACAAAACAAAACUCUGGAGAUCAUGCAAGAAAUCUUGCAAAUUGCCUUUCCGUAUUUCACAGAACAUAACAGGAACAAAAUAACCUUAGUAAAGGAUUUACGUAAGGAUAUAAUGGCAGAAAUGAGAGCAUCUAAAAUAUGCCAGAUUCUUCAGAAACAUUUACACCCUGCUAGUGUUCUACUAUUGCAUAAGUUGCAGUUUGCCAUUUUGAAUAUCCUUAAAAUCUUCUCAGAAGAGCCACUUGUCACCAGCAACCUUCUCUGUGUUGUUACAAAGUGUAAAGAGGGCAUAAUGCAUCACUUAGUCAUCUCUACAAUUGAAGGAAUCACUCUGGUUCAAGAUCAUUAUCAGAGUAUUGAAAGAAUGUGGCUGACUUUCAACAAGGGAGACUGUGAGAGCAUGGCAUAUAUAAACCUGAAACUUUCUAGUAAUCUGGAGAGCUUCCUGAGAAUCUUACAUAAUAUCACUGAUGGCAGCUGUGACUGUCAACUAAUGCUGGAGAACAUCCAGAGACGCUUGCAAAAACUGAUUGAAAAUUGGGAGAUACGGUUUUCAGAAAAUCCUGUGGUAGCUUUUCUCAGCAAUUUUAAUCUUUUAAAUGAUAUGAAAAUCAAAGACUAUGUGCAGAAUAUUACUGAGUUGAGGCUGGACAUUCUUUCUUCUGUCAACCUAUCUGAAGAAACUAUCAGUAGCAUCUUGGAAGCUAGUAUCUCUUUUUCAAAGGUUUUUUACAGUGUCUCUGUGGUAGCCUUCACUCAAAGAUGUGAUGAAGAAGUACUUAGCCUCUUGCUCAAGCUCCCUAAAAACAGCAAAACUUCCCUGGCAGUAGAAGAAUUAUGUUCUUUACCAGCACUGGAUUUGUACACCACGUUUGUACUGAUUUUACAGAAUUUGAACUUACGUCACAUAAUUUACAUGAAUAAGAUACCGUCAGACAUGGGCAAUGUACUAAGCACACUACUGGAUGUGGUUUCUAGUAUCAGCUCUCUUCUCAAUAAAGUCCAGCAUGUAAUGGAAAACCUUCCAGUGUUCUUCCAAGCAAUUCAAAACAUUGGUAUGUUUGACAUCUCUGCAUUGCAGCAGUUCUUGCAAGGUGGGCAGUUCAGAAGUUCAACUGUUGGAUCCCUUGAGUCUGUAAUCAAGGCAGUAUGUAAAGAAGAAUCUUCAUUUUUCAACAGCGCAAACCUGUUUGUUGAUAUGCCCAGAAUCACAGGACUCUUAGACGACAAUAUGGCAAAAUACGGGAUUCCUGAAGAUUCAACUCCUUUUUGCUUGAAGCUUUAUCAAGAGAUUUUACAGUCUUCGAAUGGGGCUUUGGUAUGGACUUUCCUGAAACCUCUGUUACAUGGGAAGAUAUUGUACAAUUCAAACAUCAGCAUGAUUGACCUGGUUAUAGAGAAGGCUAAUUUCACUUUUGGUUUUGUGGAAAACUUGAAGACUUAUUCACAGGCAUGGCUAAGGAUGUCUGAAGUUUUUAAAAACCGUGGAAAUGUCCUCAUGGUCUCACGGCUGCAGGAAGCACUGCAAAACAAUUUUGUAAAGCGCUUUGUAGAAAGUAACCUGGAUAUUGACCUGGAAAAACUCUUUCAAAAAAUGCAAGUAUAUGAAAUUAUGAUGGGCAAGACACUUAACAGCUCAGCAAGUAGACAAAUCGAGCUGUUGUCACAGCUCAUAGUAAAUAUCUCUUCCUGUGUAUUACUGGAUCGUUUCCAGCCCUUUGAGUCUGUUGCUAAGUUGGAGGAGAAAGCUCAUGAACUCAUGCAGCAAAAUAAUUUUUUGGCGAGUAUCAUCUUCAAUACAUCAAAGAACAAGACACCAGAUUCCAGCAAUCUACUUACACAGCAUGUUUCAUAUACAAUUAGAACCAGUGUUCUCUAUAGUAUGAGAACGGAUUUGAUUAAAAACCCAGCAUGGAAAUCUCACCCCCAGAAGCUGCCAUCUGAUGGGUUUAAAUACAAUCAUAUCUUUAUUCCUCUUCAAGAUGUGAUAGAAAGAGCAAUAAUUUCCGCACAGACUGGGUUAGAUAUCUCAGAGCCAGCAAUUCAGGUGCAAGCCAUGCCUUAUCCUUGCCAUACCAGUGAUCUGUUUUUGAACAAUAUAGGGUUUUUUUUCCCACUUAUGAUGAUGUUAACAUGGAUGGUUUCUGUUGCUAGUAUGGUUCGCAAGCUUGUUUAUGAAAGAGAAAUUCAUCUUGAAGAGUAUAUGAAGACAAUGGGAGUACAUCCAGCCAUUCACUUCUUUGCUUGGUUUCUGGAGAAUGUAAUUGUGCUCACAAUAAGCAGCUGUGCACUGGCCAUCAUUUUAAAAGCGAGUGGUAUCUUUGCUUAUAGCAAUGGUUUCCUCAUCUUCCUUUUUCUCCUGGAUUUUGGAGUGACAGUUAUUAUGUUAAGCUAUUUUUUGGGAGUUUUUUUUAACAGCGCCAAUACUGCAGCUCUGUGUGCCAGCCUUGUGUAUAUGAUCAGUUUUUUACCCUUUAUAGUUUUGUUGGUCUUGCAGAACCAGUUGAGUUUUACCAAGCAGAUUAUAAUGUGCCUUCUCUCUACAACGGCCUUUGGGCAAGGAGUGUUUUUCAUUACGUUCUUUGAGGGCCAAGAAAUAGGAAUUCAGUGGAAUAACAUGUACCAGCCAAUGGUGCAAGGAGGAUACAUGACCUUUGGAUGUACCUGCUGGAUGAUGUUCUUUGACUCCAUUUUGUAUUCUAUAGGUGGCUGGUAUUUCAGCAAUAUUAUUCUAGGAAAAAAUGGACUAAGGAACUGCUGGUACUUUCCCUUUACUGUUUCCUAUUGGAGGAACCUGUGUGGUUCAGAGAGGAUGAGAAAACAUUAUCUGAAUUCUAAUAUGUUUUUAUUUAAUGAAAACUUCCAAGAGAAAGACUUAGCACCUCCAGGCUGGAAAGGCACUUGCACAGAAGGAGCCACCAUUGGUGUUGUGUUGCUGUCUCUCACCAAAGAGCACAUGGAUAACCAUAAGGUUGCUGUUAAAGACCUCAGCCUCACUUUCCAUAAAGGUCAAAUAACAGCGCUCUUGGGACCUAAUGGAGCUGGCAAAACGACAGUUAUAUCACUGUUGACUGGUCUAUACCCACCCAGCUCUGGUACCAUUCUUAUCAAUGGAAAGGACAUACGAACCGAUCUGGCUGCCAUCAGGACAGAGCUGGGUGUUUGCCCACAGUAUGAUGUUCUGUUCAACAUACUAACAGUACGAGAACAUCUCCUCUUUUAUGGAUCAGUGAAGGCACCUGGCUGGACAAACAAACAGUUGAGUCAGCAAGUCAGUGGAGUUCUGGAAGAUGUGGAUUUAUCCCAGCACCAGUACAAACCUGUUGGAGCCCUUUCUGGGGGAAUGAAAAGGAGACUGUCAAUUGCCAUUUCCUUCAUUGGAAACUCAAAGACUGUUGUUCUGGAUGAGCCCACCAGUGGAGUAGAUCCAUGUUCCCGACGCAGCAUUUGGGAUGUCCUACUGAAGUACAAAGCUGGUUGCACACUGAUCUUUACUACUCACCAUCUUGAUGAGGCAGAGGUGCUCAGCGAUCGCAUUGCCAUUCUGCAGCAGGGCCAGCUGAGGUGCUGCGGUUCUCCCUCUUAUCUGAGAGAAACAUAUGGCCAGGGACACAGUCUAACGCUCACAAAAAAGCCAUCUGUGUUUGAAAUCCAGGAUCCUAAACAUGUUGUUCGGGUCACAUCAUUGGUACAGACUCACAUCCCAGAAGCUUUCUUGAAAGAGAACAGUGGGACUGAGCUAACCUACGUGAUUCCAGAAAGGGCAGAUAAGACCUCUUUUAAAGGUCUUCUUCAGGCUUUAGAUCAAAGCCUUCAUCAUUUACACAUGACUGGCUAUGGCAUUUCUGACACCACCUUGGAAGAGGUACUUCUAGUUUUCUUUGUAAUGGUAUUUCUGAAGCUACUGCAGGACUCGGAGAAGUCAUUUGUUCCACAAGGACCACAUCUGAACAAUGCGAAAGAUGCUGAAUCAGCCUAUAUCUCAUUUAUGGAUGCCUCUCGCGUGUGUGGAACUAAUCUCAUUCUUGCACAAAUUGUUGCCCUUCUGCUGAAGAGGUUUCACCACAUUAGACGAGACUGGAGAGGAAGUCUGUCAAAUGUGCUUCUGCCAGUCCUCUUUGUUGCACUGGCAAUGGCCUUGUUUAGUGUGAAGCCGCUGGCUAUUGAUUAUCCUUCUCUGAAGCUGACACCAAGACUUCACAAUAAUGCAGAAUCCUUCUUUAGCAUUGAAGAUGAUAAUCUAGGAAACCUUUCUCAGAUUCUACUGAGAUAUUUCUUUGACUGGGACUUCACAUGCAUGCAUUCAAAACAAGGAAAAAAUAAUUCAUGUUGGCAGAUGGAAUCAAAUUCACUCCUGGAUUCAUGUGGAUGCAUGUCUGCACAAGAGAUUUGUCCAAGUUUCAAUACCUCUGUUCCCUAUGUGAAGAAUAAGAGAGGACGUAUUUUGUACAACCUCUCAGGGUUGAUUGUGGAAGAAUAUUUAGUGAGACCUUCCAACAAAGCAAGAUAUGGUGGUUGGUCUUUUGGUGGGAAGAAAGCUUCUGAAUAUCAAGAACAAAAACGGAAUAACGUCAAAUCUAAGCCUCUGGUUAAGGUGUGGUACAACCAAAAGAGUUUCCAUUCACUGCCAUCCUACCUAAAUGAACUCAAUAACUUCAUUCUGUGGCUGAAUUUGCCUCCAACUGUGGAUUGGAGACAGUAUGGGAUCACACUCUACAGCCAACCAUACGGAGGAGCCUUGCUGGAUGAGGACAAAAUAAUGGAGAAUGUUCGUCAGUGUGGGGUAGCACUCUGUAUCAUGCUGGGUUUCUCCAUCCUCACUGCCUCCAUUGGCAGUGCCAUAGUGAAAGACAGAGUAUCUGGUACAAAACGCUUGCAACACAUCACUGGCCUGGGUUACAAAACAUACUGGCUUGCUAAUUUCUGCUGUGAUAUGCUAUUUUAUAUGCUUCCUGUCACCCUGUGUGUUGGUGUUAUUAGUGCCUUCCAGCUAUCAGCCUUCACUUUCCGAAAUAAUUUGGCAGCCACUGUUAUCCUGCUGGUUCUCUUUGGAUAUGCAACUUUACCAUGGAUGUAUCUUGUAUCCAGAUUCUUCUCAAGUUCAGAUGUAGCUUUUAUUUCUUACAUCUCCUUAAACUUUGUGUUUGGCCUUUGUACCAUGCUGGUGACUCUCCUACCUCGUUUGUUAGCUAUAAUUUCCAAAGUCCAGAGUUUUCAGAACAUCUACAAGAUCCUCAAAUGGGCAUUUAUCGUAUUCCCACAAUUCUGCUUAGGCCAAGGUUUAAUAGAACUUUCGUAUAACCAGAUCAAAUUUGACCUAACCAGCAAAUUUGGAAUAGAUUCGUAUGUAAGCCCUUUUGAAAUGAAUUUUCUGGGCUGGAUUUUUGUGGAAAUGGCCCUACAGGGAACAGUUCUUCUUCUUUUACGGCUGUUUUUCCAUUGGGAUCUCCUCCAGAAACAAAGCGGUCACUGUUCAGUUAACAGCAUGGUCAACCCAUCAGAAGAUACUGAUGUAGAAAUGGAGCGACAGCGACUUUUUGGGGGAAGAACUGGUAAUGAUGUCCUUCUUCUGUACAAUCUCAGGAAAUGUUAUGGAGGUUUCAGUAAGAAGAACACUGCCGUGGAAAACAUAAGCUUGGGAGUAACAAGAGGAGAGUGUUUUGGACUCCUGGGAACAAAUGGAGCUGGGAAAAGCACAACAUUUAAGAUGCUGACUGGAGAUAUCGUUCCAUCUGCGGGGCGUGCUGUGAUCCGAACUCCUACAGGCUCUGAAAUGGAUAUACAGUCUGCUAGCUCUGAAGGCAUUCUUAUUGGCUAUUGUCCACAGCAAGAUGCACUGGAUGAACUUUUAACGGGUUGGGAGCAUCUUUAUUACUACUGCACACUGCGUGGAAUUCCAAAACAACAUAUUUGUAAGGUAGCAGAGGACCUUGUUAACCGGUUGCAACUCAAUGCCCACGCUGACAAACUGGUGAGAACAUACAGUGCUGGCACAAAAAGAAAGCUGUCUGCUGCUCUGGCUCUCGUUGGUAAACCACAAAUACUUCUACUGGAUGAGCCAAGUUCUGGGAUGGAUCCUUGCUCUAAACGGUACCUGUGGAAAACCAUCUUGAAAGAAGUUCAGGAUGGCUGUGCAGCUGUGCUGACAUCCCACAGUAUGGAAGAAUGUGAAGCCCUCUGCACACGACUUGCUAUUAUGGUGAAUGGAAGCUUCAAGUGUCUUGGUUCUCCCCAGCACAUUAAAAACAGGUUUGGAGAUGGCUACUCUGUCAAAGUUUGGCUUAGCAAAGACAUUAGCUAUCAAAGAAUGAUUUUGGACUGUCUAAAGCUGCAUUUUCCUGGAGCACAAUUUAAGGGACAUCAUCUUAACGUGCUCGAGUACCUUGUACCACGAAGUGAGGGGUGCUUAGCUGAGCUCUUCAGAGUCCUAGAGAACUACAAAGCUUUACUCCAAAUCAAACACUAUUCCAUUAGCCAAACUACACUGGAGCAGGUAUUCAUUAAUUUUGCUACACAGCAGCAAGGAAUCUCACAUUCUUCACAAGAAUCUCCCCCUGUUCGUCAAGACCACCUGCCAGUUUAGGAUCAGAACAGGAUAAAGUUACAACAGCGUGUGUGUGUGUGUUUGUGUAUACAUAUACACAUUUUACAUGCAGUAAAACUUGUCAGAUGUUUGUGAGUGAGAAACAUGUAGUAGGAGCAGAGGUGAGCUGACAUUUGUAGGCCAAAAGGAAUGUUACCAGUUCUCAGUAAUACAAGAAAGUAGUGACCUGCCAACCAAAAUUCUGCCAGCAAGUAAUGUUUUAAAAUGAAUGGCAAUUUUAUAAUAAAAAUGGCCAAAUUAAUGCAGCUUUGUGUAACAUAAAAAGACUGGUCCGAAAUGUCAUUGUGCAUAGUGGAUUUUCUUUUGGUGGUAGAUCUAUUUUCAUUUGACUACAGUAAUUUUCUCUUGCAUGCAUACUUAGUAACUAAUUUUUAUGUGACAAGUCAGGAAAAACUCACUGAAUGGUAGAAAUAGCUAAGUGAACACCCAAUAUUUGUAUUUAAUAACACAAAUUGAGAGCCUUUUGACUUCUGCAUUAAUUCAGACCUGUGUUGUGACAAGUUAAAUUAGCCUUUUUAUUGUAUAACGGAUGCACUGUAUUCCAUGAGGAUUUAUGCUGAAUAGAGUAUUAGUGUACUAGUCUGCCUCCUAGUUAUGUAAAGUAAAUUUAAUAAGGUUUCAUAAAUCAUACUUGACAAUAAGUUUUCCCUUAUGCCUACAGGUUGCUGCCGGAGGAGUUCUCAAGUGUCUUUUUAAUAACCCGUCUCCUUUUUCCCAGCUUUUUCUUUCCUUCUCCCCCCCAAAAAAUUCUGUUUUAGGAUUAUGUUAAAAGAAAUAAG